AUGUUCGGCAGCGGAUUUACUUCAAAUUCGUUUUCAUCAUUUUCUCAACAGCAGUCCAUUAUGUGUCCAUAUGAUGUGCCUGUUCCACAGCCGUAUCCUACUCCUGUUUCAGUACCACAACCGUAUAUUCAAAAUAUUGUACAGCCUAUUGAUAUGCCUGUUCAACAUACAUUUCAGCCUGUAAUCGUACCGAAACCAUACGGUGUACCUAUUUAUCAACAAGUACCAGUACCAAUAGAUCGUCCGUACGGUAUACCUUAUCCGCAGCCCGUACCUGUACCAGUAGAUCGACCAUGUGCUGUACCAUAUCCAGUUCAUGUACCAUAUGCACAACCGGUGCCAGUACCGCAACCAUAUUUCGUACGAGAAGAGGUACAAGUGCCAGUUCCAUAUCCAGUAGUACAACAGGUUCCAGUAAUACAACAAGUACCAGUAAUACAACAAGUACCAGUAAUACAGCAAGUACCAGUAGCAGUACCGCAGCAAGUACCAGUAGCAGUACCACAGCAAUGUUAUGAUACAUGUGAAGAAUAUUGCUCGUCACCAUCAUAUCGUCGCGUAGAAUAUAUUCUAGAAGAGCCCGUGCGUAUAAGGCGUUGCCAUCGACGACGACGAUAUCGAUCGUACUGUUCUACUCCAGCGCCUCCAGCACCUAUUGUAAUUCCAGUACCAAUGCCAGCGUGUGCUCCACAACAACAACAGCAACAACCUCUUCAAGUCAUGCAAUAUGUUCAAGAUAUUUAUCCACCAGCACAAGUUUAUGCUAGCCGAGAACCUGUAGGUUAUGCAGGUCAGAAUUCGUUAAUACAAUCAUCAUCAUUUAAUUCCCAGCCAAUGACUGUUUUACAUCAAGGACUAAACAUAUUAUCGUCAGCAUCAUCAUCCCAAAUACAACCACAAGUUAUACAAAGACUACCAAGUGGUGAACUAGUUCAACGGCCACUUAAUAUGGGCCGUGGUGGUUUUCAAGCGGUGUAUUUAUAA